ACUUCAUGUUAGAUCGCUUUUCAUGAUUUCAUUCAUCACGCAAUUCAACAUGUCGGACGCACGUGAAAAUAAAGUAUCAAGAAAACGUAAACUGAAUACUCCAGCCAGGGACAAAAAGGAGACAAAGAAUCCGAAAAAGAACCGUAGUAGCGAUCAAGCAGAGGCAAAUGACGAGGAAGACUUUCCACGAGGUGGUGCUCACGCUUUGACUCCGCUAGAGAUUAGGGAGGCUAAAAAUGAGGCGGAGAAAGACAUAUUGUUUGGGGCAGAAAGUUCUUCUGGCAAAGCUAAGGUUAAGAAGCUUAAGAAAAAAAGAGAGUCUGUCAGUGAUGGGAAGUCAUCUACAACACGUGAAACCUUUACUCCUGUUUCAACAGAGAUUAAUGUUGACAGUCUCACAUUUAAGAAACUCUCAAAGGGAAUUUUGUUACUGGGUGUUGUUGAAGAAGUAUUUGAGUUUGAAAUGGUGGUUAGUUUGGCAAACAAUUUAAGCGGCUGUGUACACAUCACAGAUAUCAACCCUGCAUUCACUUCUCUCCUGGAACAAGAGUCUGAAGAAGGUGAUGAAAAUGAAGAGCCAAAAUACGAAAGCAAUAAACUACAAAACCAUUUUCCAAUUGGCACCGUGUUGAGAUGUAUGGUAGUUUCAACAGACUCCAGUAAACAUGGCCACAGUAAGAUCAGAUUAUCAAUCAAUCCAGAGGUGGUAAACAGCUCACUGACCCCCAGCUCUAUUUAUACCAAUAUGGUCAUGUCUGGCUAUAUCAAAAGCAAAGAGGAUCAUGGAUAUUCUGUGUCCCUUGGGGUGAAGGGUGUGACAGGAUUUUUAUCAAAGAAAAAUGCUGCUGGCAUGCAUUUUGUUGGCCAGAUUCUCAACUGUCUUGUAACCUCGACAAGUUCUGAUAAGCGAAUGGCUCAGCUGCAAGUCUCGAAGAAGCAACCAACACUUACUACCCAGAAAGAGAAGAUUGCAUUUUCAGGCUUGUUACCUGGGAUGCUGGUUAAGGCAACAGUUAAACAGGCGAAUGACCACGGUGUUGUUUUGUCCUUCUUUGGUGCUUUUGAUGGUUCAGUAGAUCUUCUUCACCUUGCCAAACAUGGUAGUAAUGGAAAUAUUGAAAAGAUGUAUCCUUCGAAGACAAAGGUUAUGUGUCGGAUAAUGUAUAUCUGUCCGGCAACAAAGACCGUUGGUUUGAGCAAUCUUGAGCAUUUGGUGAAUGGCGAACCAUUCAUUUUCUCAAGCUUCGUUGUCGGCGAUAUCGUUGAAGAUACAAACGUUUUACGGCUGGAUAAAAGCAGAGGACUUCUUCUUCAGUUGAACGAACACAUUUCCGGAUAUGCGCACAUUUCUCGAAUAUCAGAUGAAAAAGUGACGAAAAUCGACGCGCGUUUUAAGGCGGGAACUAACCACAGUUGUCGAAUUCUUGGCUUUAACUCCAUGAUAGGUCUUGCAUUGGUCACAUUGGAAAAAUCAGUCCUGGAGCAACCAUUUAUCAGAUAUCAGGAUAUUAAACCUGGCAUUGUUGUUACGGGCAAAAUUCAAAGUUUGCUUAAAUCUGGCAUGUUGGUCGGGCUGUCUGAUCACAUCCGGGGAUAUUGCCAGUAUCUUCAUUACGCUGACGUCACGUUGAAACAUCCCGAGAAAAAAUUACACGAAGGAAAGAAAGUCAAGUGUCGAGUUCUAGAAGUUGAUGCGGAAAGGAAACGUCUUCGCUUGACGCACAAAAAGACUUUAGUCAACUCCGAGUUUCCAAUCAUUACUAAUCUUUCUGAUGUUGUGUUGGGAAUGAAAACUCAUGGCUUUAUAACAUCAAUUCGUGAUUACGGCUGUAUCGUGCAUUUCUAUAACAAUAUUCAUGGAUUAGUACCAAAGGCAGAGCUCGGUUUAAAGUCAAGUGAGGAUCCCGGUGAUGCUUUCUACGUUGGUCAAGUGGUCACGUGUGUUGUGAUGUCGUGUUCACCCGCAAAACAAAAGUUAUCUCUGAGUUUCAAUACAUCUGCCGUUCCGUCACUCAAUUUAAAAUCACUGGCUCCAGGAACGCUUGUCGACGUUGAUGUUGUUGGAAAAACGGACUCGGGACUUGAUGUUCAGAUUAAACCAAGUAACGUUCCUGCUUUCCUACCGCUUCCCCAUUUAUCCGACAACCUCAAUAACUGCAGCUCCCUGCUCGAGAUCUUCUCACCAGAACAUGGAGAGAAUCCUGAACUAAAGUCGAUAAAGGACGUCUUGUAUUAUGGCAAGGGAAAAGACAAAUCAAUAAUGGUAACACGUAAACAAUCGUUGAUAAAGAGAGCUGUGGAAGGUUCUUUUCUAAAGCAGUUUAAUGAGUUAAAAGUGGGAAUGAUUCUUCCAGGAUUCACACGGCAACUUAUGCCGUACGGCGUGUUUGUUGAGUUCUCACCAAAUAUUUAUGGUCUUGCUCCAAACUCUCUCUUGUCGACCAAUUAUAUUUCUGAUGCAUCACAAUAUUUUGAAGUCGGACAGUCGAUGAUGGCUAAGAUCACUGAGAUCGAUAGCGAGCGCCGUCGCUUAUUGGUCAGUUUGAAAUCGUGUGAUUGUUAUCCUGACCAAUCAGAGGAGGCCAAAGACAAGAGAGAAAAACACAGAAUUGACUUGCUUGUUGAUGACAUAAAAGAGCGGGAUGAGAUCCUAGAAAGCCUCCGUUUGAAAUCGAAAGAAUGCAAUACGUUCAUUGAUAUUUUACCAAGUUCCGUCGUCCCAGGCAAGGUUUCCGCAAUUAAAAAUUCAGGAACAAUGUUUCUUUUGGAGAAUGGCGUCGAGGGUUUUGCGCUGCCACAGUUGACGAAAGGUGCAAAGUUAGAAGUUGGUGAGAUAUUGGACGCACUUGUAUUGGAUCACGAUCUUGUGAACAAGAGAGUUGAUCUGUCGGUUGAUUCAAAUAUUGUGAGAAAACGCAAGGAGAUAAAGUCGAAGAAUAAAAAGAAGCUGAAUAUUGGUGAGAUUGUGUCAGCGGUUGUGCAGAUUAUUCACAAGGAAUACUUGGUGGUAAUUUUACCUAACCAUGGAUUUAGGCUUGCCUACGUUCCCGUCAGAGAAACGUUAAAUGAUGUACGAGAUCCUAACAGUCGUUUUAAAAUUGGUCAAACAUGCGAAGCCACUGUGCAAAGAUAUGUACGGUCGAAAUUGGACAAGCGUGAUUAUUUAGUUCUGUCUGUUAAUAUAAACGAGGAAAGUCAAGAAAAUAUCAAGCCAGGGGCUAUUGUACAUGCUUUGAUCACUUCCAUCAAAGGUGUGCAGAUAAAUGUCCAGUUCUGUGGGAAAAAAUUGAAGGGACGUGUUUUUAUAACUGAGAUUGCUGAUAAAGUAUCUGAGAACGAAAAUCCCAUGUCUGUUUAUUCUCGUGGUGAAAAAAUACAAGUGAAGAUUCUGGGAUUUCGCGAUACAGCAAAACACAAUUUUCUACCAAUCACACAUCGUAACUUUACGAAGGCUUACGCUGAGCUAUCUGCAAGACCAAGUCAGCUGAGGGAAGACGACGGUAACAAUAACAAUAAUGAAGGAAAGUUCUUUGAAAGAAAACUUGAAGAAUAUAAGGAGGGGGAAAAGAUUUUCUGUUUUGUCAAAACAGUACGAGAUUAUGAUAUAUGGAUGGUUGUGUCAACAUCUCUGAAUGGUCGAGUCACGCUUGUUGAUAUCUCGACAGAUACAAAGGUGUUAAAAGAUCUGACAAGCCAUUUCAAAGUCGGUUCAGGACAUCAAUGUACCGUUUUGAAAGUCAACCACGAACAAAAAUCUCUGGAACUCACUAUGUCGGAUUGUGAGAUGAAGAAAGGUAGCAUUGUCUCUGGAAAGAUCACCAAGAUUCUACCUUGUAAAGGCCUCGCGGUCCAGUUGCCGCAUUUGAAACAUGGUACAGUGUUUCUUACUGAUGUCCGUGAUGACUUCAAAGAAAAUCCGACCGAAGACUUCAAAAUCAAUCAACUUCUAAGUUGCUGUAUUCUGGCUGUUAAAGAUGAUGGUCCAUUCGAUCUUUCAACCAGAGCUUCAAAGACCAAAGGAAUUACUACCGACGACGAGAAAUCUGAUAAAGAUAUUCAAAGUUUUGAUGAUAUUGAAGAGGGAGAUAUUGUUAGAGGUUAUGUUAAAGCUGUUAGUGAUGUUGGUGUUUUUGUCAGUCUUUCAAGAAGCAUCGUAGCACGAGUGCAAAUCAAGAAUCUGUCACAUUAUUUUGUAAAGAACUGGAAACCACUCUUUCCUCUUGGAAAACUCGUUAAAGGAAAAGUUUUAAGUAUCGAUCCGAACAACAACAACAUUGAGUUGUCUCUGAAAGGCAAAGACGUGAAUGACACAGAUCCUGCUCCCAAACCUGAGAGGCGGGAAAGUAAAUCAACUAACAGCAAACGACAACAUGAAGAAGAAGAUGCUUCGGACAGCGACGAUGAAGGAGAAAAAGUUUUGAAGAAACUUCGAAAAGGUGAUGAAGAAAGUGAAGAUGAAGAAGAGGGUAUUGAAAAUGAUGUGUCCGGAGAAGAGUCUCCCAAUGUAUCUUCAGAAGAUAACAAUUCCCAGGAUGACGAAGAUGUCGAAGAAAAGCCAACUCUAAAGAUCCCUGGUGGGUUUAACUGGCACUCGGCGGAGAACGGCGAUGACCGAGAACAAGGUGAAAAUGAAGCGGUUAAUUCCGAAGAUGACACAAGCGAAGACGAAGAAAGCACUCAGGUUGCAAGAAAGAAGUCAAAACGAGCCAAAAGGUCGGCCAAAAAAGCGGAAGAAGAAUUUCUGUACAAGACGGAACAAGCGCUGCUCAAUAAAGACAAGACUCCCCAAACCGCUGAAGAUUUUGAUCGCAUUCUCAUCUCGACUCCAAACGAUUCGUUACUAUGGUUACAAUACAUGGCGUUUUACCUCCACCUAACUGAAAUUGACAAAGCGAGAACUGUGGCCGAACGAGCUCUCAAAUCUAUCUCAUUUAGAGAAGAAUCGGAGAAAUUCAACGUUUGGAUCGCGUUGUUGAACUUGGAAAAUUCGUACGGUACUCAGAGCUCCCUCGUGAAAGUAUUUCAAAGAGCAUUGGAGCAGAAUGAACCAAAAGAAGUGUUUAAGCAGUUGGUUAAUAUCUACGUUGGCUCAAAUAAAUUUGAGCAAGCUGAGCAGCUGUACCAGACGAUGAUCAAACGUUUUAAGACAAGUAAGAAGAUGUGGACUGACUAUGCUGCUUUUCUGAUGGAACGAGGCAGCCUGGAUUCUGCGAGAAAUCUUCUUCAGCGAAGCCUCAAAAGUUUGGAGAAACGAAAACAUGUCGAGACGAUAUCAAGAUUUGCAAUGCUUGAAUUCAAACACGGUGAACCGGAACGAGGGAAGACUUUGCUGGACAAUAUUUUAACGAGUUAUCCAAAAAGAACGGAUAUUUGGUCGAUGUAUGUUGAUGUUUUGGCGAAAAAUGAGGACUUGACCGCUGCGAGGCGGCUGCUCGAGAAAGCUUCGACUUUCAAUCUACCGUCGAAGAAGAUGAAAUUCAUCUUUAAAAAAUAUCUCGACUUUGAAAAAAAAUAUGGCGACGAUAGAACGGUGGAAAACGUCAAGAAAAUGGCAGAAGAUUAUGUGCGAAACAAGGCUGGCUAAGGUUUGAUCACAUUACAACAUUUUCCAUCUUGUACAUUGACAUAUAUAUAACAAAUGGUGGGUGAGGAAUUUUUGACAGUCGGCCAAAAAAUAACUUGGAUGCUUUUUGCGCGUGUUGAGGAAGUCACGUUCUUAUUAUCAUGGAAGGAUAAUCAUCUUCUGUCUUUAUGGACUUUGAUUAUGAAGUAAUGCAACAAGACAUGAUUUGUUGAUUUUGUUCUUCGAGUUUAGUCUAUGCCAAUACCGACAAGGUUAAUUUGAGAACUUGUUGGUAAUUAUAUUAUCGGAAAAACAGAUUACAUUCACGAGCGAUUUUUUUUGCUGCACUGGGGUUAAAGAGAGAAGGGUCGAGAGUAUUCAUUAUGAAAGUUUUUAAUUAAGACAGAGGUCAGUCAAGUCCCGGCGGGUUCUUUGGAUUCAAAGGAUAUUAGUCAUAUUACCCCGCCAUCAUUAAAAUACUUGGCAUGCAACGAUCAUUAGAAUAUACCUCGCGUCGCGGCAUCUUUCUAAAGCCGAUUCUCCAUUACGUCCGAAGAGCGCUUUGUUUUUCAGGCCGGUCACGGUCGAAUGGGCAAAAUUCCAAAGGCCGCUUUGCCCACGCGGGUGAAUCGCCUAAUGGAGAAUCGCCUAAUGGAGAAUCGCCUUAAUGCUGGAACAUGCUGUACCAACAUUCUAAAAUAUGAGCUUCGCUUCACUAAUCCUCAAGCUUAACCAAUCCUUUAGCUUCAACAAAAAAUAAAAAAUAGUAAAAGACAAACUCCUCA